AUGUCCUUGCCGGAUGUGUUGAAACGAGGGGAUGAGUUUUUAUCGGAAUUCCCAAGACGCUCUCAUCUAUGGCAAUUAGCGUCGCAUGGUACCUGUCUUUUUACAGUGGGUGUUUCAAAGCUUAUUUUGAAGGCGUUCUACAAUGUUAAGCUGAAUAAUUUUGAGAAGCUGGAGAACGCCAUAGAUAGAUCGGUCACAGAAAAUCGAGGUCUUAUGACAGUUAUGAAUCAUAUGUCGGUUGUAGAUGAUCCCUUUAUAUGGGGAGUUUUUCCAUGGAGAAUAUAUACCGAUCUCGAUCAGAUAAGAUGGUGUUUAGGAGCUCACAACGUUUGUUUUCAGAGUAAAUUUCUUGCAAACUUCUUUUCCUUGGGAAAAGUUUUGUCUACUGAAAGAUUCGGUGGAGGGCCCUUCCAAGGUUCAAUUGAUGCCUCUAUUAGAUUACUGUCUCCUGAUGACACCCUCGAUUUGGAAUGGACUCCACAUCAUGUUGAAGCGUCAAAAACCGACAAAACGCAGGAAUCGCUUCCCAAGUUUGAUAAAAAAUACCUACCUCCUGUGCUCCGCUCUAAGCCCUCGUGGGUUCAUGUUUACCCGGAAGGUUUCGUUCUCCAGUUACAACCUCCAUAUGCAAACUCUAUGAGAUAUUUCAAGUGGGGAAUUACAAGAAUGAUUUUAGAAAGUACAAAGGCCCCAAUAGUUGUACCGAUAUUUACCACAGGGUUUGAAAAAAUUGCGCCCGAGUCCGCAGCAGGAACAGCUGUUGAACGCUACCUGCCAAGAAAUUUUGGAGCUGAAAUUAACGUCACUGUUGGUGACCCAAUAGACGAUACCAUUAUAGAAAAUUAUAGACAAGAAUGGAAAAAAUUGGUCGAAAAGUACUAUGACCCUGAAUCUCCUACUGAUCUCACAGAGGAGCUAAAAACUGGCAAAGAGGCACAAGCUCUGCGAAGCAAGCUCGCUGCAGAGUUGAGGGCACAUGUUGCAAUUAUUCGUAACCAGGAGCGCAAGUUUCCCGAGGAAGACCAGAAGUUUAGCUCUCCAAAUUGGUGGAAACUUUAUACCCAAACCGAAGGUGCAUCUGAUCCUCGUGUCCAAUUUAUUGGAAAGAACUGGGCAAUCAGAAGGCUGCAAAAGUUUUUGAAAGAAAAUGAUGAGGGCGAAGCUAACAUAGAUAAAAAUUUGAACAGCAAAUCAGAAGAGAAAAAAUAG